AUGUCGUCGAACUCCAGUGAGAGAACCGUUACCGCCGCCACCCACCCUUCUCCGGCCACCCCAAACACUCUAUCCACGGCACACCACUUUGUGCCAAAAAAGCUCACCACAAAAAAUUACCUGUUUUGGCGCACUCAGUUGGUGCCGUUUCUAAGAGGACAAGGUCUUCUCGGAUUUGUGACCAGCGACACCCCGUGUCCAUCGGCCACUGUAACCACCCCGACGCCGAGCGACGACGGCUCGGGUGGAACGACGUCCACAACGACGGCGAACCCGACGCAUGCAAUAUGGGAGCAGCAGGAUCAGUCCAUAUUGUCGUUGUUGAUCUCGUCUAUGUCCGACGAGGUGCUAUACCUGGCGGUCGGACGCAGCACGUCGCAUGAGGUUUGGACCUCCGUCACGGCGGCCCUCGACUCUUUGACUCGGGCUAGCUGCUUGAAUCUCCUCGCCCAGUUUCAGUCACUACGCCAAGGUGACAGCUCUCCGGGAGAAUAUCUCGGGCGAGCUCAAUUAUUGGUGGAAAACUUGUUAGUGCUCGCCGGUAGGCCCGUAUCGCUGGACGAGCAGAAUUUAUACGUUUUCCGGGGACUCAGACCGGAAUUCAGAUCGAUGGCGUCGUCCCUGGCAGCGUCGGGCACGACGGUCUCCAUUCCCCAGCUGUCGGAUUUCCUCCAAGCCCAAGAAUUCAUCUGGGCAGAUGAAUUCUCAGGCAGCGUUUCAGUUCCCGCCGGCGGAUCCCAUGCAACCUUGGCGGUUGGACGUGAACAGAAUCACCAUCACAAUGGUGGUCCUUGGCAUGCGGGUUCCGGUCAGGGGCGAGGCCGUGGUGGUGGAAGAGGCCGCAACAAUAAUGGCAGAGGCCGCGGUGGAGUUCCCCGCUGUCAGAUAUGA